AUGUGUGUGGAUUAUCGUGCCCUUAAUAAGGACAUUGUGAAGGAUAAGUAUCCCAUACCCAAUAUUGAUGAACUACUUGAUAAACUUUAUGGGGCUCUAAUUUUCUCUAUGCUGGAUCUGUGCUCGAGAUACCACCAGAUCAGGAUUAAUCCUAAGGAUAUUCUGAAGAUUGCUUUUAGGACCUAUGAGGGUCACUAUGAGUUUUUGGUGAUGCCAUUCGGCCUUACCAAUGCUCCAUCAACCUUCCAAGAAUUGAUGAAUGAGGUUGCAUAUAGGCUCGAUUUACCCAGGGAUUCACAAAUCUUCCCUACUUUCCAUGUAUCGUGUCUUAAAAGGAAGCUCAAGGCUCAGGUCCAACCGAUCCCUCAUCUUUCUCAAGUCAUGCCCGAGGGAACCCUAGCACCCGAACCAGAAAUGGUGUUGCAGAGAAGACUCUUGAAGAUGGGCCGCAGUGCUGGCGUUGAGGUAUUGGUUCAGUGGAAGGGUGCGAAGGCAGAUGAUGCAACGUGGGAAGAUCCCUUGAUGAUGAAACGACACUACCCCGAGCAUGUGGGCAAGAUCUUUUGA